AUGCCCGGCGAGCGUGUGCUCUUCCUGCUACUCCUGGCCCUGCUGCCCCCCAUGCUGGCCCUGCCGCCGGGGGCUGGGGGCCAGGGCACUGCCCCCAUGGGCACCCUGCUGCCACCACCGCCACUGCCCCUGCGGCGCUGGGCCCUGCGCGGGCGCUGGCCCCCCGCCGCCACCGCGGCACCGGGCAAGGCGGGCGAGUGCCCGGUGGGGAGCGCUGGGCUCCCACAGCCCUCCCGGCUCUACUGCCUCUCCGACCACAGCUGCCCCGGCGCCGAGAAGUGCUGCGACACCGGGCAGAGCAGGACCUGCCUCCUCCCCGCUGCAGCGCACCCGGGCUACUGCCCCGCCGCCAGCGCUGCUGGCGCCGAGACCUGCGGGACGAGCUGCCACAACGACACCGCCUGCGGCCCCGGGCAGAAGUGCUGCAGUCUCAGCUGCUGCACCCGCUGCGUGGGAGCCCAGCCAGCCAAGCCCGGCCUCUGCCCGAGGAAGCGCGCCCUGCGGAGCGGCGCCGCCUGCGCCAACCGCUGCGCCGACGACCGCGGCUGCCCCGGCUCCCAGAAGUGCUGCUUCUCCGGCUGCGGCCUGGCGUGCGCCGCCCCGCAGACAGCCAAGCCCGGCACCUGCCCCGUGCUGCUGCGUGGCUCCCUGGGACCCUGCGCGGAGCUGUGCCACGCCGACGGCGACUGCCCCGGCACCGCCAAGUGCUGCGGCACCGGCUGCGGCCGAAUCUGCAAGCCGCCCAUGGAGGUGCGGCCCGGGCUCUGCCCCGCCGCCGCCGGAGCUGCCGGGUGCCUGGCGCUGUGCUUGCAGGACAGGGACUGUCCCCCCGGCCGCAAGUGCUGCCUGCUGCCCUGCGGCCGGGCGUGCGUCCCCCCGCUCCGGGGCUCAACCUAGCCGCAGCCAGGCCGCACUGCG